CAGAGCACAAGGUAUCAGAAGCUACUGACUUCCUGUCACCUGGGGUCCAUCUGAGACCCAGGCCCGGUCUGCCCAUUCCCCAUCCAGGACUGGAGAAUCAGACACGCAGAACUGAGCUCAGCACAAACACCUAACCAGCCCUUGAGCCUCGCAGCCUCAGAGACCCAGGAGCUCUGAGGACAAAAUGGCAACAUCUCAAAAUUCCGUGAGUGGAACUUUUCCAGCGGAGCCUACGAAGGGCCCUAUUUCUAUGCAACCUGCUCAAAAAGUAAACCUCCAGAGGGUGCUGUCGGCAGUGGGCCCCACGCAGAGCUUCUUCAUGAGGGAAUCGAAGGCUUUGGGAGCCAUCCAGAUCAUGAAUGGGCUCUUCCACAUUGCGCUAGGAGGUCUGCUGAUGAUCCCCACGGGCGUCCAUGCGCCCGUCUGUGUGGCUGUGUGGUACCCUCUCUGGGGAGGCGCUAUGUUUAUUACUUCUGGAUCACUCCUGGUAGCUGCAGAGAAAACCCCCAGGACAAAUCUGAUCAGAGUGAAAGUAAUACUGAACUCACUGACCCUCUUUGCGGCCAUUUCUGGGAUAAUUCUUUUGAUCAUGGAUAUACUUAAUAUCAAACUUUCCCAUUUUUUAAAAAUGGAGAGACUGAAUCUUCUGAAGACUCCCGUGCCAUAUAUUAACAUUUACGACUGUGAGCCAGCUGUUCCCUCCGAGGAAAACUCUCCAUCCACACAAUACUGUUACCACAUACAAUCUGUGUUCCUGGGCAUUUUGUCGGUGCUCCUGAUCUUUGCCUUCUUCCAGAAACUUGUGGCAGCGGGCAUCGUUGAGAAUGAAUGGAAAAGACUGUGCUCCAGACCCAAAGCCAACGUGGUUCUCCUGUCAGCUGAAGAGAAAAAAGAACAGACAAUUGAAAUAAAGGAAGAAAUGGUUGAGCUAACGGAAGUAUCUUCCCAGCCAAACAAUGUGGAAGACAUAGAAAUUAUUCCAGUCCAAGAAGAAGAGGAAGAAAUGGAAGUAAAUUUUCCAGAACCUCCACAGGACCAGGAAUCCUCCCCAGUAGAGAAUGACAGCUCUCCUUAAACUGUUUCUUCCGCUCUCUGUUUCCUCCUUUCAAGCAUUAGUGUUUACAGCUUUAUAGAACAGCCAACCUGUUGAGGUCUUCUCUCUGCACACUUUUUCCACACUUCCAUUUGCCAUUUGCAUAGAGUGAGCAUAGCCUCCGGCCUCUUCGAGGGUUCAGAGAAUGUAGCAAACGUAGCUGAUCAUUUUGUGAUGCUUCCUGUUCAGAGCAUCUUUCUUACACUGGAAAGUGGCAAAAUAAAUGCUGCAGAAUAUGAUUUCCUACUAGAUCUUUUUGUGUAUAGAUUUUUUAGUAGUAGUAGUAUCAUUUUAAUUUCUUCACCAGAAAUGGAAAACUGCUUCUGAUGGAGAUGUGACUCCUCGGUACCAUCCCUAAAUUGCCCUGAACUACUUACUUCCACAUCUACAUUUUGGUGGAGUCCCUUCUGCCUCAUUGUUCCAAUAACAAUUAAUAAUAAUAAUAAUCAUGAGAAUCAGUAAGGAACAAGUUCCAUGUAUCUUCCCAUAGGGCUGCCAGUGUGGCAAAUUCUUAGAGCCCCACAGCCCUUUCCAGAAGCUCUAAGUGGCCAAGACCCACCCAUUAUCUGUACAAAUACCAUAGCUUAUACAUCCUGGGAUCUGUCUGUCCUCACUUCCCCCAACUCCUGAUUAGGCUUUUGGUCGCACCAUCUACCUACUUCUAACAUCUACCAGAAGGAUGACUGCAGGAAAUGUCAUAAGGAGGACCCAGAUCUUAAUAAUCAAUGCUUGCGUUUAUAAAAUACAUUCCAGAUGACCAAGUAUCCUAUCAAGUAAUUUCAUUUGAUCUUCCACGAUCAAGAAAGAAUCUCCAUCCUUAUUUUAUUUUACAAGCAUUUCAGUUGACCAAAUAAAAGUAAUCUGUCAUCAGCCAUGGCUAGUAAUUGUGAGAAGUUUGUUGCAUACCCAGAUCUUUAUAUUCAAAUCCUGCUGAUGUUGGAAGUAACAGAAUUGUCUACCCCAUGACUUCAUAAAUUGUUAGAGCCAAGUCAAUAGGUUUUAUCGAGAAUC